AUGGAUAAAUAAUAAAUAUAAAAAUGCCUCUUUUGCCAAUAGAAGACAAGUCUCUGUAAUUUAAUUAACCUGGCACUUUAAUACAAAUAUGAGCACAAAAUAGAAAUCACAAUUGACGAUUUUGUUGACAGCAGUAAAAAGAAAGAAAUUGUACAAUUUUACGAGAAAAUCUUUGAUCAAGAAGAGGAAUAUCUAGAAAAGCAGUUUUAGAGAGCAGAAUAAACUAGAAAACUCAGAACUCUCACUGAAUAUUAUAAAUAUGAAAUUCAUACUCCAAGAUUAUAUAUGAAGAAAGUCGAAAAAACAAUUAGAGAUUAUCAAAAGCAUAAGAAGUAAAACUCAACAUCUUAUUUUAGAAACUUUCACUACAAUAAAAUCAAAUACUAAUUGGGAUUAAAUCAAAAGGAAUAAUAAACCCAGAGAAUCAAAACAGAACCAGAGAAAAAUAAUCAUAUAGCAAAUAACUUAGUCUUAUUUGAUUUAACAUAAGAAGAACCUUCAAAAUCAGUCAUUGAGAUGUUGAAUCUCCUCACCAAUCAAAGUAAAAAGAAGGUCCAUUUUGCAACUCAAAUCAAAUAGGUUCCAUGUGUGACUCCUUCAAUUUAAAAUUCAGCAAGAAAUAAAAUACUACAAAAAUAACUCAAAGCCAUAUUAUAAUCAGAUGUAAUACCAAAGCAUUCGAACGCUCCUCUAAGUAAGAGAUCAGUAGUCUCAUUGAAAAGUUCAACUUUAAAAUCAAACACGUUUCACUUAGCUAAAUCUCCCGUGAUUUAAGUAAGUAGAAUCGCUAUUAAAAUGAAAUCUUCCCCUCUAAUUUAACUACCCAAAAGCAAUAGUUAGAGCAAAAUACAAGUAAGUCCCAAACUAAAAAAUCUAAAGCUGUUGCUAUAACAUAAAUCAUGA